AUGUCUGUCAAGACCCCUCCCAUCAAAGACCUGCUCGAGGUCACCGAGGACCAGGAGAAUGGCCUCACCUUUAUGAAGAACGUCUCCAUCCCGCUCAAAGACUCCCCGCUCCCCAUUCGCGCGAACGUCUACCUUCCGCUCACUUCGGAUAAGGCCGCACGUUACCCUGUGCUGGUGACCUACGGACCGUAUGGCAAAGAUAUCCCCUAUGCCAAGUUCUAUCCCAAGUCGUUCAGCGAGGUUGCCCCAAAUCAGAGAUCCAAAUACUCGGCCUGGGAGACGCCCGAUCCGGUCUUCUGGACGAGCCAGGGAUAUGCCAUCGUUCGAGCCGACGAGCGAGGACUGGGCCAGAGCCCAGGACUGUUGGAUACCAUGAGCCGUGGCACGAGCGAGUGCUUCUUUGACGUGGUUGAGUGGGCUGCAGAUCAGCCCUGGUCUAACGGCAAGGUCGGUCUGUUGGGUAUUUCGUAUUACGCUGGUUCUCAAUGGCGCGUUGCCGCUCGGCGGCCCAAAGGUCUCGCGGCUAUCAUCCCUUGGGAGGGUAUGUCCGACUACUACCGCGACCGCUGCCGUCACGGCGGCAUCCACUCCAAUAAGUUUAUCGGCUUCUGGUGGAACCGCCAGGUACUGGUCAAUCAAUAUGGCAGGAAAGAUAGAUCCAAGCUGGACUUCCCUCCAGAUGGUCCUGGAGCCAGAGGUCAGGAGGACACCAUUGAGGGUGACCUGCCAGAAGACGUCCUGGUAGCCAACCGCCAAGAUCAGACGAAAGACAACGAAGCUAACCGCUUCCGCGACGAUGACUACUACGCAAGCAAAGAAUACAAGCUCGAGGACAUUGAGGUUCCUGUUCUGAGCGUAGCCAACUGGGGUGGCAUCCUUCUUCACCUGAGAGGCAACGUCCAGGGAUACCUCGGAGCAGGCUCCCAGCUCAAGUAUUUGCGCUUCAUCACUGGCCGUCACGAUCUCCCAUUUUACUACCCCGAGGAAGUGGAGCUACAAAAGAGUUUCCUCGAUGCAUUCUUGAAGGGUGAAGAUAGAGUCGGCUGGAGCACGCCUGGCAAGGUGCCUCCCGUGACGCUUACUCUGCGAAAGGGCAACGUCGGAUUCAACGACGCCGAGAAGGAGAAGGCGUAUCCCAAGAGAGAGGAAGCUGCUUGGCCAAUUCCGCGAACAGAUUACACCAACUUCUAUCUGACGCCUGACCUUGGUCUAACGACAAAUGGCUCUGGCCAGGAUUCCAAGACUGUCUCGUAUAAGGCUUUGGGUUCCCUGGAGAACCCUCAAGUUGUUUCCUUCACGUCCGCUCCCUUUGAGCAAGAGACGGAGAUCACAGGCCACGUCACGGCCCAUCUCAACGUCUCGGUGACGCCCGACAACUCGGAAAAUGAAACCGAUAUCGACCUCUUCGUGACCCUGCGCCACAUCGACCCAUCGGGCCAGGAAGUCUUUUACACCGGAACAGCUGGCGACCCCGUGCCGCUCGUCAAGGGCUGGCUGAGAGUGAGCAAUCGUAAGGUGCACGACGAGAGCCCCAGGCACAAGUCCUGGCUGCCGCAUAGAGAGUACCUCUCCACAGACGUGCUGCCAGUCAAGGCUGGAGAGGUCUACGGCGUAGACAUCGAGGUCUGGCCGACAAAUGUCGUUGUCGACAAGGGCGGCAAGAUCGUCUUCGAGGUUAGCAGCGGCGACACCCAGGGCAGCGGAAUUUUCCAGCACUGCUCAGAAGUUGACCGCAUGAGUUUCUCCGAGCAUUUCUCCCUUGCCAACAUUCCGUACGGAAUCGCCAGUGACGCGAACCAUGCAAAAGGCGUAGUCACGAGAGUAGGGGACUCGGUCGUCUUCCUCUCUGACCUAAACCUCACAAAUUCCGCGGAUCUCAAGUCCGCUUUGUCUCAGCCGACCCUCAAUACCCUGGCGGCAGUAGAAAAGACCGAGCUCGGGAUCCUCCGAAAGAACAUUCAACAAACCCUUUCCGACGAAUCGACUCUGUCUGAACAUGGCGUACCGAUCGCCGAGGUUCAGCUACACUUGCCAAUCAAAGUAGACGGCUUCACAGAUUUCUCGUGCUCCAAAGAACAUCUCUUGAAUGCUUCAGAGGCAGUCGUGGGCAAGGCCUCCAUGCCACCCGCAGCACCGUACUUGCCCAUCGGCUACAGUGGUCGGCCUUCUUCGAUUGUACUUUCGGGGACGAAUAUCACGCGGCCGUACGGGCAAUAUCGUGACGGAAACAGUAUUGGUUUCGGUCCCUCCAGAGCGCUUGAUUACGAGCUCGAGGUGGCUUGCAUUAUUGGGAAACCGACGCAGCUUGGAGACCGCGUAGCUGUGACGGAUGCCGACGAGCAUAUAUUUGGUCUCGUUCUGCUGAACGACUGGAGUGUGAUCACACUCGAAGCACUCGAACCUUUUGCAACACAACCUCCUCCGAAGGAUAUACCCUCGCAGCCAUACUUGUUGGACAACAAGGAGAAAUCGAGUUACAAUAUCGCCUUGAAGGCCGAAGUAGUAACUGGCGACGGGGCUACGACGGUGUGUAAGGCGCAGCUCAGCUGGAUGUACUGGACGUUCCGCGACCUAGUGGCCCAGCAAACAAUCAAUGGGUGUAAUCUCAACACUGGCGAUAUUCUGGCGACGGGGACGGUGUCGGGAGCCGGCGAUGACGAGCACGGGUGUCUUCUAGAGAUGACCAAGGGCGGCAAGGUCGGUUGGAAGACGUCCACUGGUCAAGACAGGAUGUAUUUGCAGGACGGAGACGGCGUGCGCAUCAGCGGGCAAGCUGGGGAUGGCGUGGGGUUUGGUGACUGCGUGGGGUUCAUCGGGGCCGCUCGGCCGUUUGGAACAGCACAGGUCCAUUUGUGA